AAGAAAUACACUAAAUGAAUUUUCUACAUAAUUUCAGCCUACUCAUAGUAAUGAAUUCAUAGAGACAGGAAAUAAUUGCAUUGAUUCAGGUGUUCUUAAGAGGGGUUUAGUUAUACUUUGUUUUAGUGCAUGUCACUCGUUACGAAUUUGUGCUUGUUUUGACAAUGGAAGAGUCAGCCAGAUUACCAAUGCUUUCAGUAAAGGACCACCGCGAUGAUAAGCAUCGGAAACGUCGUUCCCAUCGAGAAGAAUCAGAAUAUCACUAUGGUUCUAGUUAUUAUUAUCAAGAAUCCAGCAACCACUCGGGACAUGUAGAUAAAUACGAUGAUAAUUACUACCGAAAUAGGUAUCCAAAGUCAUACGACCAACAAGAAGACCACAUUCGUCGUCGCAAAAAGUCUAAACACCGCAGUCCCAGCUGUGAUACACAUCAUGAAUGUAAACGAUCUCAUCAUGAAAAAAAAUCUCACAAGACUAGAAAACAUCCCGAAGAUAAUCAUAAAUCCAUCUCAGGCAAUGAAAACAAAUCUUUAGUACUAGUUGACAAUGAAGAAGAUGAGGAAGAGAUUAUCAGACGAAGACGUAUUGAAAGACAAAAGUUGUUAGAAAAGUUAGAGGUCGGAAAUCAAGGAGAAGCCCCAAUCACUAAACUCGACAGCGAUCCCAAUCCUCAAGUUAUUCAGGCAGACAGUUUGACGGAUAUGGUCACGUUUGAUGAUACUGAGGACUUCGAUUUUGAGAGGUUUGUCCAGGCUAAGUUAGAAUGUAUCAAAAUGGCUCCAACUAGUACCUCAGACCAACCGAGCUCACCAAGUGGUCGUCUAUCCGGUGUUCAAGCUCCAGCCGCAAUGGCACUUCAAGAUAAAAGAAGAAAUGACCCAAAUAUCUCUGGACAUAACAAUUCCAAACCCUCUACAUUUGAUAUGUUUGCUGAGGAAUUCGAAGUCGAGCUGCAUCAUGCUCCGGGGACAAUGGCAUUGGGGGCUAUGGCCUCUGAAAAUCAUGCCCUCUCCGAUAAUUGGGAUGAUGCUGAAGGUUAUUACCGUGUUCGCAUUGGUGAAGUUUUGGACAAGCGUUAUGCUGUUUACGGAUAUACUGGUCACGGAGUGUUUUCUAACGUUGUUAGGGCGAGGGACAGUGCUCGGGGCAAUUUAGAGGUGGCAAUCAAGAUAAUAAGAAACAACGAUGUAAUGCACAAAUCAGGUCUAAGGGAACUAGAAGUUCUUAAAAAACUCAACGAUGCUGACCCACAAGAUCGUUUUCAUUGUCUGCGACUUUAUCGUCACUUUUUCCAUAAAAAUCAUCUAUGCAUGGUGUUCGAGUUGAUGAGUCUAAAUCUUCGAGAGGUUCUGAAAAAGUACGGACGUAAUAUUGGGCUGCAUAUUGCUGCUAUACGCUCAUACACUCAGCAGCUUCUGUUGGCUUUGAAGCUGAUGCGCAAGUGUGGUAUUUUGCAUGCGGACAUCAAGCCUGAUAACAUACUUGUAAAUGAAAACAAAAUCUUGCUUAAGUUGUCUGAUUUCGGAUCAGCAUCUACUAUACAGGAUAAUGAUAUCACGCCUUAUCUUGUUUCACGUUUUUAUCGUGCUCCAGAAAUAACCAAUGGAAAUCAGUCGCCACCAUGAACUUGCUAUUCAAUAAUCGUGGUCAAGAUAUGGAGUAUUGUGACGAUACUAGUGGGGCUGUCUUCUUGCUACCUUUAGCGAGGUUUUAGGUGUUCCUUACGACUACAAUGUGGAUUUAUGGUCUUGCAGCGUAACUCUAUUUGAGUUACAUACUGGACAAAUUAUGUUUCCAGGAAAGACUAACAAUGAAAUGUUGCGUUUAAUGAUGGAAGUCAAAGGACGUAUACCAGGUCGCGUGAUCCGCCGUGGAAUGUUUCGCGCACAGCAUUUUGAUGAACAGUGCAAUUUCCUCUAUCAUGAAGUGGACAAAGUAACACAAAAGGAGAAAAUGACGGUAAUUCGUAAUUUGCAGCCAACAAGAGACUUAAUGACAGAUCUUAUUGGUCAAUCGAAGCUAAGUGAACCAAUCUUCCGCAAAGUAACACAGUUUCGCGAUCUUCUCGAAAAAACUUUAAUGUUGGAUCCUACUCGUCGUAUUUCUUUAAAUGAAGCUUUGCAGCACCCAUUUAUUACCGAGCGUAUGUCUGCCGCAACAGAAUCAGCUAAUCCUACACAGUGAAGUGGCUUUUGUUCACAUUGCAAUUACACUGUAUACAAUGUAAAUAAAAAUUUUCGUUAUUCAAAACCUAAGUUUGUACUGUAAAUAUGCC